CUUAGAUACUUCUCUGGUGGUGGCGGACCCACAGUUUCUUCGGGCGCCAAGUCCAACCUUAACAGGCAAUUCGAUAAGUAUCGGGAAGACGCUGCGAACAACCCGGAUGGUAUUGCUAUUGAGGGGACGAUGAAGUAUCACAAUGAUCUUGAUAUAUCGCUCGAGGACAUCAUAUCACUCGCGUUACACGAGAUCGUUCAGGCCCCGGCGAUUGGCGAACUCGCUCGCGAAGGGUUCGUUGAUGGCUGGACAGCGCUCAACUGCGAUACCCUCGACAAGCAAAAGGGAUACAUGAAGAACCUCCAGAACACUCUCCCAUCCUCCAAAGAGGCAUUCACUAAGGUUUACAAGUACACAUUUCAGCUCGCCAAAACCGGUAACCAGAAAGCCAUUCCCCUCGAAGCUGCAACCGUCUACUGGGGCCUUCUCUUUAAGUCUUCGUACUCUGCUGUCAAGUGGAGCACCGCUACUUCUCCAUGGGUAGAUUGGUGGGAGGAAUUUCUUACCUCAUCGUGGAAGAAGAGUGUGAAUAGGGACAUGUGGAACGAGACUCUCAAAUUCGCCCAGAUGACGUUGCAGGAUGAGGACAUGAGUUUCUGGAAUGAAGAAUCUUCAUGGCCAUCGGUUAUCGAUGAGUUCGUUGAGUGGGUCAAGAAGAACCACAGGAAAGAGGAUGGUGCAGAGGCGAUGGAGGAGUGA